AUGACAGGUCGACGCUUGCCGCCUCGGCGUGAUGUGAUCUUGGCGGCGAGGUCUCCAGCUGUGCCCACCCGACCAGGGGCCCCGGGCGGGCAAAUGCCAGCCCUGUUCCUAGCCGUCGCGGACUACCUAGCUGCGGGUGUUGGCGCCGCCCCUUCUGCGUCGCCGAGCAUGCCAGCACGGCCAAGGGAGCCGGUGUAUUGCUCCCCCCGCGGGCGCACCCAUCAUUUUCUUCGUGCACGUGGCCUGUCCUUCCGCCGCCGCCAUCCUCCUCAUCCGCCGCCCUCUGGUCAGGCUCGUCCUCGACCGCAACUUCCCAUUCCUGCCGCGCAGUCUCGGCCAUUGCAGCUUCCUCCGCCCCCGCCCGAGUCCGCAUCGUCCCAACAUCCUCCGCCGGCGGCGCCAGCACAUUAUGCGCCUCCAAUUUCUCCCUCGCGACCGCUGCUGUCGGCGCCGGGUUUGGCGCCGUCUCAGCAGACCCCCCCUCGCCGUUCCCCCCUUGCUUGUCGUGUGAUGUCUUUCCCUUUUUGCUGCUCACCUGCCGGGUGUUGCCGUUUCCCUGCCCCCCGUCGCCCUGCACUUCCCCUGGUCCCGCAGCAUCAGCCGGUGAAUGGCCUCUCCCGCGACUACUGGAACGACGACGAGGUGCCGGGCACUCCUCGUGACCCAGACGUGGAUUGUAGGGGGGUAUCGUGGCCUCAUCUGCCUCGCGAGGAGAACUGGAACUGGAGAACUCCUCCCCCGAGCCCUCCUUGUGGGGAGCCUCAGCCUGGAGAUGGGGCCUACCAGGCCCGUGGGAUGCGGUUGUCGGAGGUUGACCGCUGCGUGACGGAGCUAUCCUUCGUGCUUGACCUCCAGCAUGUUGCCCUCCAGUCCCGGGAGGUUGACCCUUUGCUAGACGACGGACCUGGCACUGCGGCUUUCUGCAUGGUAGCCACGGCUGCUGAGGAGUCCACGCUUGGGAUCGUCCCUGCAAUCGCGUGUGUGCUCCGGUGGCUGGGAUGGCGGGUCGCGGCCCCCGAGGGAGCCGCGACGGGCGACGGGAAAAGAGGGGGGGGGCGGUGCACGUGCCCCCGGUGCGCCGCGUCUGGCGACGGAGCAUGGCCGGGGCGGGGCCGGGACAGGGUCGAGGAAGGGCCGAAAGGGGCGGCGACGGGGCCGCAAGUGGCGGCGACGGGGCCGCUGGAGGCGGCGACGGGGCCGAUAGGGGCGGCGACGGGGCCGGUAGGGUCGGCGACGGGGCCGAUAGAGGCGGCGACGGGGCUUUAG